ACCGUUUUGCUGCGAUCUGGCAACUCCGCAGAGUCAUUGUAUGUAAUUUCAAGCAAAUAACAUCGAGUUACGUAUUCCUGUACCAAGGGGUUCACAAGAGGGACAAACUCCUGCAAAUGAUGUUGAAGGGACUGCGGCAUGUGAGAAAUCUGCUGGAAAGUAGAUCCCACCAAUUUUCACACAUCCAAAAUUUGUCGGAACUAUAUUAUGGCUUCAGGCGGGAGCUCCGUCUCUUGCCGCUCAGCCGGCGACAGGUGCUCAAGCUAGAGGCGGAGUACAAAGCGGUUGUGGGCCUGAUAUCACGCUCUCUGCAACUAACGCCAAACGAGGUGCGUAAAAUGCAUCUGCGCUGCAUGAGCACAGGAACAUCGGAGAAACCCCCUGACAGCAAAAGCAGUAGCACUGGCGAUGACAGCAAACAGGCAAAGUCAUCCAAGUCCAGUGACGACGAUUCCGUCAAAGAGAAACCAUUGCCGUCAGCGCCCACAUCUCAGACCAGCACCAAAGCCAACUCAGAUGAGUCUUCGGCAGAUGCCACCUCUAGCAGCAGUGCCGCCAGUGAACCGGGUGAAGACGGAAAAAAGAAAGGCAAUGAGAACGAUGAGAAAAUGCGUUCAGUGUUAACCAAGGCUGUGCUCUGGUUGUUCACCAUCUACAUGUUUGUGGCAUUCUUCUCAUUACUGAUCACCCCACGGUCGGAAAGACCCGAGGGUUCGACGCGAUACGUGUCGUGGAAUGAAUUCGUGCAUCACAUGCUGGCCGUGGGCGAGGUGAAAGAGCUUAUCAUACGCCCCGAUAUGGAAAUGGUAACAAUUAUACUUCACGAAGGAGCCGUUAUCAAGGGCAGGAAAGUGACCUCAACCAUAUUUCACAUGGCUGUGGCCGAUGCCACCAAGUUCGAGGAGAAGCUGCGCGACGUGGAGAAGCGUCUGGGCAUAAGGGAUGGUGUCCCCGUCACUUACGAUCGCCAGUCGGACACUACGGGGCGCAUCCUUAUGCUCCUGCUGAUCUGUGCUCUGUUCAUGUCCAUUGCCACUCGCAUGAAGAGCAUCAAGAGUCCGCUCAGCAUGGACUCGUUUAAUCAAAUGGGUCGUGCUAAGUUCACGCUCGUGGAUCCCUUCGACGGCGGACGUGGCGUCCUCUUCCGGGACGUGGCCGGCCUCAGCGAGGCUAAACAGGAGGUUAAGGAGUUCGUUGACUAUUUGAAGACGCCGGAAAAGUAUCAGCGCCUGGGCGCCAAAGUGCCGCGCGGAGCCCUACUUCUGGGUCCGCCCGGCUGCGGAAAAACGCUUCUGGCGAAGGCAGUGGCUACAGAGGCUCAAGUGCCUUUCCUCAGUAUGAAUGGAUCUGAGUUCAUAGAGAUGAUUGGCGGCCUAGGCGCCGCCCGCGUGCGGGAUCUCUUUAAAGAAGGCAAGAAGCGGGCGCCCUGCAUCAUCUACAUUGACGAGAUCGACGCCAUCGGACGCCAGAGGUCUGGCACAGAGUCCAUGGGCCAGGGUGGCUCCGGUGAGUCGGAACAGACGCUCAAUCAGCUCCUUGUCGAAAUGGACGGCAUGGCCACCAAGGAAGGUGUCCUCAUGCUGGCCAGCACGAAUCGGGCCGAUAUCCUUGACAAGGCUCUGCUACGACCCGGCCGCUUUGAUCGACACAUAUUAAUCGACCUGCCAACGCUGCAGGAACGCAAGGAAAUCUUCGAGAAGCAUUUGUCCUCAGUCAAGCUGGACUCCCCGCCCAGCACCUUCUCACAUCGUCUGGCACGCCUUACGCCCGGCUUUUCUGGCGCCGACAUUGCCAACGUCUGCAAUGAGGCCGCUCUUCAUGCGGCCCGAAACACGCAGACAGAGGUUAGCACCAAGAACCUGGAGUACGCCGUCGAGCGUUUAGUUGGGGGAACUGAGAAGCGUUCGCAUGCCUUGUCUCUGGCAGAGCGGAAGGUUAUUGCUUAUCACGAGUCCGGCCAUGCCCUUGUUGGCUGGAUGUUGCCUCACUCGGACAUCCUGCUCAAAGUGACUAUUGUGCCGCGCACCAGCUUGGCCCUGGGCUUUGCCCAGUACACGCCCAGCGAGCAGCAUCUGUACAGCCAGGAGGAGCUGUUCGAUAAGAUGUGCAUGGCCCUGGGCGGACGCGCGGCUGAGAACUUGGUCUUCAAUCGCAUUACGACUGGGGCCCAGAACGAUCUGGAAAAGGUCACAAAGAUCGCCUAUUCUCAGAUCAAGAAGUUUGGCAUGAACAAGACCCUGGGACCCAUCUAUGUGCGCGAUGCGGGCGAGUCCGACAGCGGGGAAUCGGGCGGUGGCGCAAAACCCUUCUCCCGAGCCAUGGAAACCCUGAUCGACAACGAGGCGCGCCAUAUCGUGGCCCGUGCCUACCAGAUAACCGAGGACAUACUCGUCAAACACCGCGACAAGCUAGAGAAGUUGGCCGAGGCACUUCUGGAAAGGGAAACAUUGGACUACGAUGAGGUGGUUAAACUGAUUGGGCCGCCGCCUCACGAUCCGCAGAGGCGGCAGGUGGAGUCCGUUGAGUUUGAGAAAUCGCUAACAACUCUGAGCAAAGAUACGAAAUCACCCCAGAUCUGAGCAGUCAUCUUGACUCGCCUGCAGCCCAACCAAAGUCGCUCACCUUUUCGCCUUUCCGCUUGCGCCCCUGGGUUCAUGUUCGAUAAAUGUAAAUAAAAGCUGUUUACCUUUUUAAAUGACUUUAA